AUUAGCUACCUCUACAGGCGAAAUCUUCCCAGCUUCGAUCGCUGCUCAGCUCCCCCUUGACGUGAUUUUCACGUAAGCCUCGGCCUCGGAUAUCCUACCACCGAAACAAAAGUAAAUCAUGGAGGAGAAAAAGGAUACCAUCGUUGUCGAGAAGGAUGUAUCGGUCUUGAUGCCUAUCGACCCGCCGGUUGAGAUUAAAAGACCUAGCGAAAUAAGCGGCGAAACCAUCAUCACGGUGAUUUCUGACGAUGAGGAGCACAAGGAAUCACCCGAAACCGCGCCAGUUGAAGCUAUACCGCCCCGAUUUACGGUAUACAAACCCUGGCAGAAGCGGUUGAUAGUUUUGAGUGCUGCUUUCAGCGCUUUAUUCGCUUCAUGGACGGCCCAGAUCUACUUACCAGCACUCAACAUCGCAGCCGCCGACUUGCAUGUCUCAACUACCCGCAUUAAUCUGACUGUUACCAGCUAUAUGAUCUUGCAAGGAGUAACGCCCAUUUUCAUCGGUGGUUUCGCUGAUACUGCGGGGCGACGUCCGGCCUACCUUGCAUGUUUCAUUCUCUACAUUGUCGCCAACGUGGGUCUGGCAAAGUCGGAUAGUUAUGGAAGUCUUCUGGGUCUGCGCUGUUUCCAGUCAGCAACAAUCUCAGCCACUCAAGCUCUAUGUCAAGGUGUCGUAGCAGACAUCGCGACCAGCGCAGAGCGGGGUCAGUACACAGCCUUCAUCGCCGUCCCGGUCACACUAGGACCUAGCCUGGGUCCUGUUAUCGGUGGCGCUAUCGCUGAGUAUCUUGGCUGGCGGAGCAUCUUCUGGUUCCUCGCUGCAUGCGCUGCAGGAAACCUCCUGAUUCUAGUAUUCUUCUUCCCAGAGACAUGUCGCAAGGUCGUCGGCGACGGCUCCAUCCUACCCCGAAAGCGAAACCAGACCGUGCUGCAACUAAUCCGAAACCGACGCCUGCAAAAGAAAGAGCGAGAUUCAUCCGACGCAGAAAGCAACACUCCAACUCCUACUCCCGCACCCGCCCCAACCGAAACCCCUAAGGUCAAUUUUGCGUGGUCCAAAUUCCUAACCUCCCUCUCCCUGCUCUGCGAAAAGGAAUUAAGCCUCCUCUUCAUGUACGGCGGGUUCGUGUACGCAGGUGUGUACGCCGUAGCGACCGCGGUGCCCACCCUCUUCGCCCAGAUCUACGGUUUCGAUGGCUUCAAGGUCGGCCUGAUAUACUUGCCCAUGGCUGUCGGAUCCAUAUUCUCCGUCGCACUUGUCGGUAAGGGCAUGAACUGGAAUUACCGCCGACAUGCGCGCAAGCUCGGGUUACAAGUUGAUCGUAAUCGACAGAUGGACUUGGCGGAUUUCCCAAUUGAGAGGGCCAGGAUCGAAGUCGCUAUAAUCCCACUAGUACUGAGUAUGGUGAUCAUCACGGCUUGGGGAUGGGCUCUUGAGCAUCAGGUCUCGGUGGGUGUUGUGUGUGUUCUAGUGUUCUUGUUAGGAUUGGGACUUGUUAGUACGACUAGUGUCUUCAGCGCAUUGAUCGCGGACGUCCGACCGGGGAAGACAGGCGCUGCUAGUGCGGCAAAUAAUAUUAUCAAGUUCCUGCUCGGGGCUGCUAUGGCUGCGGCUAUCGAUCCCCUUAUACGAGCUGUCAAUCCGGGUAAAGCGUACUCUAUCAUCGCUGUACUGUACGUAUUGCUGUCGCCUUGCUUGUACUUCGUCAUCAAGAAUGGGAUGCGGUGGCGUAAAGAGUUACGGGAGAAGGAGGGCGAGAAUGCCUGAUAUAAUAGGGGUAUAGGAUUGGGAUAGACUGGAUAUAUAGACAUCUAAGAGUGAUUUGCUAAUCAAGCCUGAGUUCAUCCCCAAAUCAAGCUCUUUGACUUGUUCUGUUGCAUUAUCGCCAUCGAUCUGAGCUAGAUCUCCUUGCUGCCGUGUUCUCUAAUGCUGAGUACUAUUAUAACGUAAAGAAAUCAACCUAGUAUCAUCAUAAACGUUCCAUUAUCUAGUUUGUACGACCUCACCGUGCAUUGAAUAGCCUCAGAGCGGGAUCCAAGAGGUAGCUUUGCAUUCUAACCGGC